AUGUUUCUCUUGGACUGGUUUUACGGCGUCUUGGCCUCACUCGGCUUGUGGCAGAAAGAGGCCAAGAUCUUGUUUCUUGGUCUCGAUAAUGCCGGUAAAACUACCCUCCUUCACAUGCUCAAGGACGAGAGAUUAGUGCAGCAUCAGCCAACACAAUAUCCGACAUCUGAGGAGCUGAGUAUUGGGAAAAUUAAGUUCAAAGCCUUUGAUUUGGGAGGUCAUCAGAUCGCCCGUAGAGUCUGGAAGGAUUACUAUGCCAAGGUUGAUGCUGUAGUCUAUCUGGUGGAUGCCUAUGACAAAGACCGUUUUGCAGAAUCAAAGAAGGAAUUAGACGCGCUCCUUUCUGAUGAGGCUCUUGCCAAUGUGCCCUUCCUCAUUUUGGGAAACAAGAUUGACAUACCAUAUGCUGCCUCAGAAGAUGAAUUGCGCUACCACCUUGGCCUGACUGGUUUAACCACUGGCAAAGGGAAGGUGAAUCUUGCAGAUUCUAACGUGCGCCCUUUGGAGGAAAGUGGGCAAGAAACUGAGUUGAAAAAUGGGUUCUUUUGGUUUACAGCACUGCGAAAAGGACGAACGAAAAUUAUUGAUCUCCAUGGGAAUAUUCGGAUUGUUGAGAUCCCUUUAACUGCCGCAGAUCUAAUGCUUGAAGAACCAGGUCGCGUUGUUUCGCCGGCCGUUGAGAUUUCCGGAUCUGAUUUCCGGUUUUCGGCGAUGAAAGCCGAUGAAGAAUUAACUGCCGGAAAAGUUUAUGUACUGAUUCCUGUACGUAGAGUUAAUAGUAAGGUCUCGGAAUCGGAGAUGGCAGUGAUCAAGGCUUCCACCGGUGUUAAAAGUAAAGCAAAACGACGUAAUUCCAAGGUUCUGCCGGUGUUGGAUGAAAGUUCAGAUAAGGAAAUUGAUAAUCCGGUAAAAUUGAUUCCGAAUCAACGGCUAAGACCUUGGAAACCUGCUCUAGAACCAAUUUCAGAGGGAAUUUGA